AUGACGCGCUAUCUGACGCCGUGGAGGAUUUCUCUGCUGUGCCUGAUACCCGUCUAUACGGAUGGUCUCGUCCCCAACUCGUCCGCCAUCGAUGUGCUCUCCUUCCUCACUGCGGGCCUGUUCCCUCUAGAUCCUGCCGAUAAGCAAUGGGAGAAACACUACCUGCCGCGGAUCACCGAGAUUGAGGAGGUGCUGUCGGGCCAUGAGUCGUCCGUACCAGGCCGAUCACUCUGGGAUCUGUUUCUCAAGAAAAUCUGGUCGCUUGAUUCGCUCGAUGCGCUCGAGGUGUUUUUCAGCGACGUCCUGCCCUCGCUGCUCACAAAGACGCGUGAGCAGUUAAUUCAGGAUCGAGACAAUGGACUUGCGCCAGAGGAUGAGGGCAUGCGGCUGUCGCGCAGCUCGCCGCUGGGCGCGUUCGUGCGCAGGGCCUAUCUGGAGUACACUCGAUUGCAGUUUCAUGAUUCAGUGAAGCUGUGGUCUGGGUUUGUGAAGUAUCGGCUGCCUACUUACCGUAUGUGGGCGAGAAGGAAUGCCUCGAAUAAGCAGGCGCCUGUUGAUAUCAACCUCCAGCUUCAUGGCUUCAAUUCUAGUGCACACCUUUCACAUGUGGUGUACGGGAGUAUUGAAGACGAUGGAGAGGAUGAGGGUGUCGUCAGUGUUAAGGAUGCAGAGCGAUUGGUUGAAUUCCAGGUCGGGGAGUUGCAAAGACUGGGUGGCAGAGUUCCAGACGAGAUGAGGGCACAACUUAAGCAUAUCAUGACCUCGGAGUCAUCUGUUCCUGUACUGAUGUACUAUCUGGAAUAUCUCGACGCCUGGCGAGCCGGCGAUUAUACAUCAGCCUUUGACAACCUCCACCGCUACUUCGACUACACCAUGCACAGCAAUCUCGACCGUAGUGCCUAUCAAUUUGCGCUACUGAACCUGGCUAUCAUCCAGGCGGACUUUGAAUGUUUCAGCGAAGCCAUCUCUGCUGUGCAAGAGGCUGUCGCGAUUGCCCGCGAGUCUCAGGAUAUGAACUGCCUCAACUUCUGCAUGAGUUGGCUCUACCACUUCGGAAAGGCCUUCCCGGAGCAGAUGCGGGAGGUGCAGAAUAGUGGCAUGCUGGGAAACGAGAAAGAGGGUCUUGCGUUCCUCAAGGCCAAGUCCAAGGAAACCGAUAUGUGGCCACUCAUGAGUACAACGUUGCUAAGCGAGGCUAAGCUGGAGAUGCAGCAGGGAGAGAGUCUUGCCACUAUUGUCGAAUCAUUUGUGCGAGCAUCCCACGUCAAUGUCACCAAUGGCCUCGCAAAUCCCACUGGAGCGUACAUACUGCUACAGAGCGCCAUGUAUGCACGAAUAGGUGCCACCCAUCUUUCAUGGCUAAAUACUGAAGUCUUCCGCGAAUGUUACUUGGAGGGCCAUCCGUACGAGGAUUUCGUGAAACUUACAUUCCGGAAUUGCCAAAUACUAGCACAAAAGGGCAAUUACAAGGAAGCAACGGCUCGCAUGAACAAGAUCGAACCAGAAAGGCUUCGGGCCUUCAAAUACAACAAUUCCUGGACCUACUACUCAGGCCUCCUACAACUCCGACGGCAAAUCUACCGUGAUGACAAAGUAGCGGUCGAACACAUCCUCGCCCAACUGCAAGCCAUCCAACUCCUCGACUUCGACAUGCGCCUCCUCCUCGCCUUCCACACCAUCGAAUACACCCUGCGCCAAGGUGACACCGGUCGUGCCCUGCGCAUGGUCGAACAAGCCGCAAACUCCAUGCAACCAGAAAACUUCGACGUCCAUUCGCAAAUUAGGCUCCUCUGCCUGAAAGCCCGCAUCCUUGAGAAAUCCGGCCACCCGCAGCGCGGCUUCUCGCUAGCCAUGCGCGCCGCAAGCAUCGCGCACCGCUCCAAGGUCCUCUUCGACUUGUGGGAAGCCAUCUGCACCCUUGCGGCUGUGCUCCUCUCCCUGCGAGAAUUUCAGGCCACUGCUGAACUAGUCGAGAGUAUCAUGCCGCAGAUUCUGGAAGCGGAGGACUCGGCACUUACUGCGCGCGCGUAUUCGCUACUUGUUGAUGCGAAUAUGGGCGUUGCGGGGGAGCUUUGGUCUACGCAGGGGCAGGAGAGUACGUUGGCCCGGAAGGAGUAUAUUAAUCGUGCGCUUGGAUACAUUGACUCGGCGUAUGAUGCGUACGAGGAGAUUGAGGAUAUUCUCGGCCAGACGGAGAUGAUGGCCAAGAAAGCUACUGUGAUGCAUUUGACAGGCGAUCCGGUUCUAGCCAAUGACUAUGCGGCGAAGUACCUGGACCUGCGCAAACGGAGAGGCGCGGUGGUAUGA